AUGGCAGUCGUGGCCAAGAAGCUGAUUGUCGUCAAGAAGCUCAUCGAAGAGCACAUCUUGGCUGCCUCCACUUUCGCCGGCACGGCUCGCAGUCGCAAAGACGCUUUCUUGACCGCCGCUCGCAGGAAAGAGUCCCCCGGUUCCGAUCCAAAGUGGCUGUCGCACCGGAAGACUCCGCCGCCGAUGGCGGCUGCAUGCUUUGCGGUUGAAUGUCGGACGUCGGAACCAUUUCAUUCUGCUGCUGUGAAUUCCACUCUUGCCACUCUGGCUCCUUGUCGAAAUCAAACUCCAUCACCAGGGGUACGACGACUACCUGGUCACCGAGAAGCCGCACUUCUUCCUAGGGAUUGUUUGAGUCUGCUUAUUUUUCAAUUGCCUCUCGCCGUCGCCUACGUUUAUGGAAUAUCCUCCAAGAAAUCUUGGUAUACAUUCAGUGUCGAAUGAAUGAGCUGCUUUGAUUGCUAAAUUUCCAAGAGCAACCUCUGUGGCCCGUAUGGAAGAGCACGGUUUCGAGAGAACCACAGUUUCUGAUGUUCUGAAAGCCAAAGGGAAGUGCGGAUGGGUCCUGGCUCUGGUGCACGACUGAUGACAGUGUGUAUGAAGCCGUGGAAUCGAUGAGUCAGCACAAUGUUGGAGGUCUGGUGGUGAUUAAACCAGGGGAGGAAAAGUCGAUUGCUGGAAUUAUCACUGAAAGAGAUUACCUCUGAAAAAUAAUUGUCCAGGGAAGGUCAUCCAAGUCAAUGAAGGUUGGAGACAUGAAGACAGCGACAUUGCACACAACUGUAUGUUGGGCACCACCGCACCAGUAAUG